AUGACUGAGCCUCCUCGCGGCUCUUUCAAGAUGGCGUACCUGUUGCCUUCGUUCUUCCAGAAGCGCCUGCUGAAAUAUGCCCUUUCUCGCCUGGGUGUCGUGGACACGGAAGCUCUGGACCCAGACAAUCUGGGGAUUCGAUGGGGUCAGCGGAGUAUCGUUGAGCUGAAGGAUGUUGGCCUAAAAUUAGAGAAACUGGCGACUCUCCUCCAUCUUCCCGUGACGUGUGAGCUCCUCCGUGCCCGAGUCCAGCUUCUCCGUAUCACCGUCCCCGCCGACAUCUACAGUAGCGGAAUCAUCUGCGAAGCAAGCGGUAUCAACGUUCACAUUCGGUUACUGCCGGAGGACCCAGCCCAAGGAGUACAGGGACAGGCAAAAUCCCAGGCAUCCUCCCGUUCGGCGGUGCCAGGAUCGGAGGAUGUGCGAACUCUACCAACGCCAUCCAACCUUGCGGAGUCAUUCCUCGAGGCCGAGCCCGAAGAAGAGAAAGAAGAGCUGCAGGCUGCGAUUUCGUCGCAGUCCCAAAUUUUGCAAAGUCCUCUUCGUUCAUCGAAGACGAUGACGAAGAUCUCGGGCUCGGAAAUGAAACGCUCUCUUUACCGAGCUUUGUGGCGGGAUGUCGCCGUCCGAGUGGAUAUGGAAUUGCGGCAGGAUGGUCCAUCCAAAAGGCAGCCUGAGAACAAGCCAGACCUUGUUGCUGGGUUGCUGAGCCUGGGAGAAAUUGAUAUUCAUGGCGUGUCUGGCAUCACUGCCGGGCCAGACGAGUCCGUGCCAUCGCGAGAGGGCAAGAGGCUGGUGUCGCUUGCGGGUAUCAAUUUUGGCCUAAUAUCGGAUACAGCUGUGUUUUCGAAUUAUGCACGCUUCGCAACGCCUGCAUCUCCUACGACUACAAUGCAAUCCAAGGAAAGCCAAUCCUCAAGUCGCGCAUUUUCGCCACCUCCGUUAGGACCCUCCGGUUCGGAUCCCGAUUUAGCUAUGACAAGAUCGACAAUCUUCGAACCCUCUCUCGGGUUUGAAUAUAGCUCUGAGAAUAUUGCCGAUCCUGGGAUGGAUGCUUCAACGACAUUCUCUCAUGAUGGUCGCUUCUCUGACGCGGACUCAGACCUGGAAUCUCGAAAUGAUAGAUACCUUGAUGAUUCUCAGGUCUUUGGAAGAGGGGACCCCUUUCAUGACAAUGCAGGUUAUUUGGACUCUGUGCUUGACGCCCAUUUUGACGACCUCAAGGUCGAAUCCUCUGCAUUUAUGCAGACUCAGAGGGAACAAGAACCGGAAAGUGGAGAUAGCUCCUAUCAUCUCAAUCUUCCAUUACAUUCCACUGAAUCGACAGCAAAUGACGAGAAUAUAGAGUAUUCACACAUGCCUUCACUAUCUGCAGAGAGCCUUCACGGUCUGCGAACCUACAAAUCGCCGCAGGAGAGCUCAUCCCGCCUCAGUACACAUGCUACCCUACAAAAUUCUACAUAUCUCAAUGAUGAGGAAUACAAUAGUACGCCUCGAAUGAGCGCGUUCUCAAAUACCUUUCAAGCAUCUGCUCCGCCUUCUGAAUCUGGGAGUGCUGUUUCGGAAGGAACUGCUUCUAACGCUGAUCUCAUGGAGUCUAAAUAUUUCUCUCACGACGAGGCACAAAGUCUGUACAUGAGCGCAAUGACCCAAGGUGAUUUUUCUGAGAGCUUCGUUCCCAACAUGCCAGGCGCAUGGGACUCAUCUGAUUCUGGUGAUAAAGCAAAAAAUGCGUCUGAGUCCAUGAACAAAGAUUUCGGCCCUAAUGAUGACAACAAUCCAAUCCCAGGAAGUCAAGAUGAAGCUACGCCAUCAACCCCAAAGUUGACUGCCACAACAGACUCACACUUUGCUGAAGAGCAGUCUUCCGAAGAAAAUCAGACCUCGUCUCAAUAUCUGAGCACUGAUAAAGCUUCUACUUCGCCCUAUCCUCUACAGAAAGCAACUGAAACAAGAAAGCCUAUAUUCUAUGUUGACAAAAUACUCAUUUGGCUACCUUCGCUCAUCGAAGAGGAAACAGCAGAGUUUGCAUCACCAAAAAUACCCACAGAGCGGACAGACAGCGACCUCAAAGACUUAAUGCGUGGUCUCCGUGACCCUGUACCAGACGCGAGUCUACCGGCUUCAAAAUCCGCCUCAUCUACAAGAUUGAACAAGACCAUGAAUGACUCCCCUCCAAUGUCUGAAAGGGAUCGACCGGCCCAACAACAUGGUCAUCUGAUAAAAAAUGCCAAUGAUUUGGAAGUGGAAGUAUUUUCUAUCACCACUCACUUUGACAUAUCAACUGGGUGGCUCCUUCUCAAGGCAUGCCAAAGGGCAUCGGCAUUUUUUGAGGGGUCUGGAAUGGCCCGUUCUAACGAGCAAACACAGCCAGAGCCACAAUCUCGGCAGACCUCGUUCAAGCUUGAUAUUCGCAAGCUGUCAGUCAGGUUUCUCGAACACGUUGCAGGAAAUUCUCAUUCCUUUAAUGAUAUCAACACUGCUUCAAUGGCCGCGUAUGCUCCUUUGGAGGACAUCAUAUUCCAAAUUACAGCGUCUGAUUUGAGAACUCAUUUCUCAUCAGAUGUCAAAAGAUCUCAUCUUACUCUCGAUCUUUCGAAAUUUGCAUUUGGCUUUGCUUCCGAGGAUCUAAUUUCAUUCAACGAAUCUUUGAAAAUGCGGGAGUCUACUCGUGAUAUUGUCACACCGUCUCAAUGUGACAUUGUGAUUUCAUUGACCAGGUCGGCUGAUUCUGUCAAACUUGAUAUUUUCACUCUUCCUAUUUAUAUCAAUCUCAAUAUACAACAAGUGGAAGAAGUUCUGGGCUGGAUGGGUGGACUAAGCACUAUUCUUGAGCUGGGAAGCUCUAUAUCGUCUACAUCGACGAUGAAGAGUGCUCAUAAACCUCCAAAGAAGCGAUCUCGUGGGGUGCACUUUGAGACGCCUGCCCCGGCAUCUAACAAGGAAGCGAAAGCUUCUGCACCCUGGAAAGUUAACGCUCGGAUUGGUGGGAUUGUCCUUGAUAUCAUUGGCGAAACCCAUUAUCUCAAGCUGAGUACAACUGCUGUGAAGAUCAUCAGCAGAUUCGAGGGCAUCGGUAUCCAGAUUGACAAAGCAAAACUGAGUGGCCCGCACCCACUCGAAGACUCGUCAGACGGCCCAGGGAAAAUCACUUUGACAAAUAUCAGGGUUGAAUAUCUAUUUGCACCGAAGGAAGUUGACCUCGAUCGCCUUUUGACCCUGAUAACGCCCUCUAAAGACAAGUACGAUGAUGACGACGACAUUAUGCUAGAUACUCUCCUGCGACAGCGAAGACAAGGCUCGGUCCUUCGUGUGACGGUUGCAGGCAUGAAGACUAUCAUUUCAAACACCGCCGAUUUGGGAUAUCUGUCUUCCUUGGGACAUGAGCUCGGUCGACUAUCCAAUGUGACAAAAUAUUUGCCUGAAGAUGACAGGCCUGGACUUCUAACAUUGACUUUGAUCCGUGAAUUUGAAGCCCGAAUUCAAGUUGGAUCCGACGUCGGCGAUAUUAACGCACAUCUUGCUAAUGUCGAAGUGGCCUGGAUCAGCAUGCCUUCAUUAAUAGCGACGCAAAUUGGAACCAUGACAGUCACCCGCAAUCACCAAGAGGAACUGGUCGGAGAGGCGCUCAUCCCCAGUCAAGACCAAACCCUCAUUCGACCUCGCCCCCCGGUACUAAUGGCUCGAUUUAUUCCUGACGAGAUGGACCCAACAUUCAAGAUUAAACUCCAUCAUCUCCGAGUCGAAUACACCAUUCCAUCGGUCAUGGCUUUCCUGGGCUUGAAUCGAGACACCACAGGUGGAGAAUUGGCAGGCGAAAUGGCCAAUUCAAUUGCUAAUCUCGCUGAGCACUCGGUUCGAGCAACUGGGAUUGUAACUUUCUCUCCACCCAGGUCAGAUACCUCGAGAGUUUCCGUCAAGCCAACGAAGCUGGCAGUUGUGUUCCGGGAUUCCGUUCUUGGCCUCAAUCCUCGCAAUUCUUCGUCGAAGGGACUCGUGGUACUCACGAACGCUAAGUUUGGAGGUGCUCUUCAUGGCGAUGAGUCCUCAGAAGUCACACUGGAUAUUCGAAAGGCAUCCAUUAUGAUCAUUGACAAUGUCGCAAACGUGGGGAAUGCCGAUAAUCUCCAUCAGCGCACGUCUGCCACCAUUCAAAGCAAUCAAGUUCAAGCGUACAUUGAAAAGGGAUAUGUUCCUGUCUCUUCCAUCUCCUCUGCGACAGCGGUUGUGAAGAUGAUGGACCUCGCCGACGAUGGAACCAAGUCGCUAGAUGUUGAAUUAAGAGACGAUCUCUUGAUCCUUGAGACUUGUGCGGACUCUACGCAAACCCUUAUCGGUAUAUUGAAUGGUCUACAGCCACCAGCACCACCAGUUGUCACUACCAAAUACCGAACAGAAAUCCUGCCACUUCAAGACAUGCUUGCUUCCUUUUCGGGUGAUGCAUUCACUACUGAGCCCCCCGUCUAUAUGGAUGAAAACAACGAUCCAGCAAUGAACCUUUCACAUAUCUCCGAGGAAGACCAGCUUGGCGAUGAACUAGAAUAUGUCAGCGACUUUUACCCAGGGAGACAAUCAGGUCCUUCAGGUAGCGGUGAUAUCAAGCUUGCUACAGCAGCUGAUAGCAAUGACCUACUUGACAGUUUCCAUUCUCAGUAUCAAGUUUCAUCCAGCAUCACCGAAUUGGACUUCCAAGACGACCACUUUGCACGGCAAUCCACCGUUGGCGGUACCGCGCAUCGAUGGGACUCAGCCCACAACACGUACGGUCUUUCCAAUGAUACCAAACUCCAGCGCAGCCCUCUUCGCGUGAGAGUACGGGACAUGCAUAUUAUCUGGAACCUGUUCGACGGAUAUGACUGGCAGCAAACCCGAGACACAAUCUCCAAAGCCGUCGAAGACGUCGAGAUCAAGGCUACUGAACGCCGGACCCGAGCCUCCCGUAUGUCUCCCACAGCUGAAGAUGAAGAGGAAUCUGUCAUUGGAGACUUUCUCUUCAACUCGAUCUACAUUGGAAUUCCAGCCAACAAAGACCCACGCGAGCUCCAUCACGGGAUCAACCGUGAUAUUGGGGAUUUAGCCAGUGAGACGGGUAGCUAUGCCACGUCGACCACGGUGACCGGCGCAACUAACCGGCAAGGACGUUCCGGAUCGGGCAGGGAGAGGAGACUUCGCCUACACCGGAGCAAACACCACAAGAUGACCUUUGAGUUACGUGGGGUCUGUGCUGAUUUGGUUGUGUUCCCGCCGGACUCGGAGGAGACACAGAGUUCAGUAGAUGUACGAGUUAAGGACCUAGAGAUCUAUGAUCAUGUGCCCACGUCGACAUGGAAGAAAUUCGCGACCUACAUGCACGAGGCGGGUGAGCGGGAAAGCGGAACGAGCAUGGUGCACCUUGAGAUCCUCACUGUCAAGCCGAUUCCUGAACUCGCCGCGUCUGAGAUUGUCCUCAAGGCUACUGUACUACCGCUUCGCUUACAUGUCGACCAAGAUGCACUGGAUUUCAUGAGCAGGUUCUUUGAGUUCCGCGAUGAAUCCCUUGAUGCAUCGAGCACGCCCGGUGAUGUGCCCUUCCUCCAGCGCGUUGAAGUCAAUGCCGUGCAGGUGAAACUAGACUUCAAACCCAAGAGAGUUGACUACGCGGGUCUCCGGUCGGGUCGCACAACAGAGUUUAUGAAUUUCUUCGUGUUAGACGGCGCUGACAUGGUCCUCCGACAUGUCAUCAUCUAUGGAGUCUCCGGGUUUGAUCGCCUGGGGCACACGCUCAACGACAUCUGGAUGCCAGAUGUCAAGCGGAAUCAGCUGCCGGGUGUCCUCGCAGGUCUGGCCCCGAUCCGAUCGCUCGUCAAUGUGGGUGGGGGCGUGAAGGACUUGGUCGUCAUCCCGAUGCGCGAGUACCAAAAGGAUGGCCGGAUCGUGCGCAGCAUCCAGAAGGGUGCGCUAGCGUUCGCGAAGACCACAUCUAACGAGCUAGUCAAGCUGGGUGCGAAAUUGGCCAUUGGCACGCAAACGGUCCUCCAGGGCGCAGAAGACUUGCUGACAUCCCCGACCGGAGCAUCCACCACGUCCGAGGAGGGCUGGGAUGAGGAAGAAGAGGCGAAGAGGAUCUCGCUGUAUGCCGACCAACCAAUCGGUGUAGUGCAGGGUCUGCGGGGAGCGUUCAAUGGUCUGGAGCGUGAUCUCCUGCUGGCGCGGGAUGCGAUUGUGGCCGUGCCUGGCGAGGUGGUCGAGAGCGGCAGCGCCAAGGCAGCGGCCAAAGCCGUGUGGAAACGGGCGCCGACGGUGAUUCUGCGGCCGGCGAUUGGUGUAUCCAAAGCCGUGGGACAAACUCUCCUGGGCGCCGGGAACACACUGGACCCAAGCAAUCGGCGAAAAAUGGAAGAUAAGUAUAAACGUCAUUGA